AGGUGGCAGCAUUGGGGACAUAGUGCUAUUCACUCUGUCUGAUAACGUGGCAUGCAGUUUUGGCGUUCUGAAGUGUACGCAGAGGGUAUGCUACGAAUGUUCUGCUCUUGAUUUAGCAAUGGCAAGGAGAUGAAAGCAUCGCGAGUGUGGCGGCGGGGCAGCAAGGACAUGACAGCCAUGCCACCUCCACGCCACCGAGGCGCUGCCAAGAAGCCCAUGUGGAUAAUUGUGCUACUGUCAAUUGUUAUUGUUUCCUUGAUUGGGGCCUACGUGUAUCCUCCACGGCGCUACUCCGCCUGUUACUUCUUUGCUUCAAGUGUUUGCACCCCAUUUAAGGAUUGGCUCCCUGCUGUGACUCUGCGGGAGCCGACCGAUGAAGAGAUUGCUUCGGCUGUGGUUAUCAGGGAUCUGCUAUCAAUGCCUAUGCCCAUGUCAAAGAAUCCAAAGAUCGCUUUUAUGUUCUUGACACCUGAUUCAUUGCCCUUUGAGAGAUUGUGGGAGAAGUUCUUACAGAACCAGGAGGGACGAUAUUCGAUUUAUAUCCAUGCAUCGCGUGAAAAACCUGUGCAUAAUAGCUCUCUGUUUUUGAACCGUGAAAUUCGUAGUGAAAAGGUAGUAUGGGGGAGGGUUUCAAUGGUUGAUGCAGAGAAGAGGCUGUUGGCAAAUGCAUUGCAAGAUAUUGAUAAUCAGUUCUUUGUCUUGCUUUCUGACAGCUGCAUUCCACUACAUACAUUUGAUCACAUCUACAAUUAUCUGAUGAGAGCAAAUGUUAGCUUCGUUGAUAGCUACCUGGAUCCUGGUGUUCAUGGAACUGGAAGGUAUUUUAUAGAAAUGUUCCCUGAAAUAGAACGAAGGGACUUCAGGAAGGGUCACCAGUGGUUUGCUGUAACAAGAAGGCAUGCUAUACUGAUUAUGGCAGACACUCUUUACUACAGAAAGUUCAAGCUAUAUUGCAAGCCAGCAGUGGGACGGAACUGUAUUGCUGAUGAGCAUUACUUGCCAACCUUGUUCAAUAUAGUAGAUCCUGGUGGAAUCUCUAAUUGGUCAGUGACACAUGUUGACUGGUCUGAGGGUAAAUGGCAUCCUAGGUCCUAUAGAGCGGCGGAUAUUACCUAUGCACUCCUAAAGAACUUAACGUCUUUCAAUGAGAAUGUGCACAUUGCAAGCGAUGAUGCUAAAACUGUGACAUCGACCCCAUGUAUAUUGGACGGAACAAAGAGACCGUGCUUCCUUUUUGCAAGAAAAUUUUACCCAGAUACUCUCAACAAUCUACUGGAGCUAUUUUCCAGUGACACAUCUGCUUGAAUUAUACACAAUUCUUUGCCAUUGGCCUAGGAUUUCCCUAGGAUUUUUUUUUUGUAUGUAAAUUGUGAAAUUGAUACUUAGCUUCUUAACACAGAUACAGGGCCAGAGACAUGUCGUUGCUGCAAUAAUAGCGACGCCCUGUCAUUCUGGGACCCUAGGUAGGGCUGAGGUGAUAGUGCCCACAUUGUAAUCCACUGUGCAAUUUAUAUGUUUCUAUUAGCUACCCGUUUCACCUUUUCUCUCAUUCUUGUGUCUCUUCCUUUUCCCUUUUUAGUUUCCUAGCUCCCAUCUCUUGAGGAACAGGGGUUUUGUCAAGUUGAGCAGUUACUAUACCAACUCCUUUUUGUAUAAAGAUUAUGAAAUGAGAACCACCUUAUAGUUUA